UAGAACUGUUCUUCUCUCUCUCUCUCUCCUUUGAUUUGAGAUAGGAGUGCCGCCGCAGUCGAUGGAGCUUCGAUCCUUACAAUCGCCGACUGUAAGCAGCAUACCUCGAAGUGGAUUGAAAGAGAAGACAUUCGUACGCGGUCAAGUUAUAAGAUUAUCCGAUGCAAAGAGACAACCAAUUGCCAGAAAGCUUAAACUUCUUGAUUUCAGAGCUCAAGCUUCAGGGACUUUUAGAAACCUGGGAAUUUUCUUGUUAUUGUCAAACAAGCCUGUGCAACUUCACUUUAGCAGGAGACUAGAAACACUUCUGUGCUCAGAUGCAAUUGAAGUGAUUCCAAAAGUUGUUGAUGUGAAAGAUGAAAAUCUCGUUUUUGUUGCUGGUGCUACUGGUAGAGUUGGUUCGCGAACUGUAAGGGAGCUUUUGAAAUUGGGAUUCAAAGUUCGAGCGGGUGUUCGCAGUGUUCAAAGAGCUGAAUCUCUUGUGCAGAGUGUUAAGAAGCUGGAGCUUGAUCAAACUGCUAGUGAAGGAACUCUACAGAAGCUUGACAUUGUGGAGUGUGACUUGGAGAAACGUGAUCAGAUCGGACCAGCAUUAGGCAAUGCAUCAACUGUUAUAUGCUGCAUUGGUGCCAGUGAGAAGGAGGCAUUUGAUAUUACUGGACCCUACCGAAUCGAUUAUCAGGCCGCGAUAAACCUUAUUGAUGCAGCCACCAUUGCAAAAGUUAACCACUUUAUUUUGCUUACAUCAUUGGGAACAAACAAGAUUGGAUUUCCUGCAGCUAUUUUAAACUUGUUUUGGGGAGUCCUGAUUUGGAAAAGGAAGGCAGAAGAAGCACUGCUUGCCAGUGAUAUUCCUUACACAAUAGUGAGACCUGGAGGGAUGGAGCGGCCAACUGAUUCUUACAAGGAAACUCAUAAUAUCACACUUUCACAGGAAGAUACUUUAUUUGGUGGCCAAGUUUCAAACCUUCAGGUGGCAGAACUUAUGGCAUUUAUGGCAAAAAACCGUGGCCUUUCACAUUGUAAAGUGGUUGAAGUAAUUGCAGAAACAACGGCACCACUAUCUCCCAUGGCGGAGCUUCUUGAAAGGAUCCCAUCCCAACGAGUUGAUCCCUAUCCAUUUAAGAAGCNGAAGCUUGACAUUGUGGAGUGUGACUUGGAGAAACGUGAUCAGAUCGGACCAGCAUUAGGCAAUGCAUCAACUGUUAUAUGCUGCAUUGGUGCCAGUGAGAAGGAGGCAUUUGAUAUUACUGGACCCUACCGAAUCGAUUAUCAGGCCGCGAUAAACCUUAUUGAUGCAGCCACCAUUGCAAAAGUUAACCACUUUAUUUUGCUUACAUCAUUGGGAACAAACAAGAUUGGAUUUCCUGCAGCUAUUUUAAACUUGUUUUGGGGAGUCCUGAUUUGGAAAAGGAAGGCAGAAGAAGCACUGCUUGCCAGUGAUAUUCCUUACACAAUAGUGAGACCUGGAGGGAUGGAGCGGCCAACUGAUUCUUACAAGGAAACUCAUAAUAUCACACUUUCACAGGAAGAUACUUUAUUUGGUGGCCAAGUUUCAAACCUUCAGGUGGCAGAACUUAUGGCAUUUAUGGCAAGAAACCGUGGCCUUUCACAUUGUAAAGUGGUUGAAGUAAUUGCAGAAACAACGGCACCACUAUCUCCCAUGGCGGAGCUUCUUGAAAGGAUCCCAUCCCAACGAGUUGAUCCCUAUCCAUUUAAGAAGGAAGGUGCUGCAGACAAACAUGAGCCUGCACUUUCUAAGACUACAACUUCUGAGAGUGCGAGUACGUCCAUUGAUAAAGAGCCUACCCAAGAAAAAGCACCGGUGACAAGGCCGCUCUCUCCAUAUGCUGCCUAUGAAGAUUUGAAGCCACCUACAUCUCCUACUCCAACGCCAAGCACUGCUGUUGGUGCUAUUGAAGCAAGCAGUGUGGAGAAGAUUCCAAAAGCAACUAACUCUACCCCUUCCACUAUUCAAAUUAGUUCUCCAGAAACCUCAAGCACUGCCAUUGAGAAGGAAGGUAUCCAGACAGAAGGGAAGAAACCAAGUCCUUUGUCACCUUACAUAAAAUACAAUGACCUCAAGUCCUCUACAUCACCCAUGCCCAAUGCACCAUCCAUGUCGCUUCCGUCAACAUCUCCAAUUGAUGGCACGCCUCAGAUGGCUACCAUAUCAGGGAUACGCGCAACUCAGACUCAAACUGCAGAGAAAUCAGAGCGAACAGAGGAGCGUAUUGAAUCAAAACCAAAGCCACUUUCCCCGUUUACCAUGUACGAAGACUUGAAGCCUCCAACCACUCCUACUCCAUCUCCUAGGAAAUUGUGAAAAAUGACAAAAAAUUGUCAAUGAAUUACAGUAAGGCGUAAAUCCAAAAUCUUUCUGGCACGUCUUCAACGAUGGAAUACAGGUACCCCUCUCAGUCUGAGGCCAAAACCUUCUUGGCGAGAGUACCCGAGGCUACACAUCUGUACAAGAGCAACUAAAGUAAUUUCACUUAUGCGGCAUGUUUAGUUGUAAAGCAUGAAGAGGCGAACAGUGGAGGUUGCAGGAAUGUGUUCUAUGUACCAUUUUCUUUUCUUUGUUAAUGUUUUCUGAAUAUAAUGUUGAUUGAUUUGGGUCCAAACCAUUUAAUUUCUGGCUAUCACCAUUCUAGCCUCAAUCCAUGGACCGAUAAUUAUAUGAUGUUUCAUUUAAGGUUCCAGAGAAAUAUUUAGUUUCACCCUAUAGUUUUGAUUAAUUUAUAUCCUGCC